CUGGAUUAGUCGUAGGACAAUCUCUGCGCCCCCACUGUGCUCUAGGCUACUUUGGUGUUAUUUUGAGGUUACACUACAUAGUAAUACAUGGUUUCAUCAAGCAUGUUGAACAUGCCAGUAGUGCAGACGCGGUGCUCCAUGCCUGCAUGUGUGCUUGCUGCGAGUCUGCGUCUGCUACAAUGACCAACAGUGUGGUUGCGACCGACUGCUGCGCGCAUCGAAACAGCUGUGCAGUUGCUAACCAAUGACAAUCGGAGGAAAUCUUUCGGAGUAUAUAUUUCCAAGCAACCUACACAUCAUCAAAGCAUCCCUUUUGCAAUGCCUGUCAGAACGCUUGGUUUUCCGUGAGCGAGAAGAUGCGUUGGUAUUCAAAGCCGUAUACCUGUAGGACAAGUCAUGGACUGAACGGGGUUUUGGACUCACUUGUGGAAUUUUCUGCUUGCCGGUGGCACGAUGCCUUAUCUGACUAAACCGCUGUUUUUACUCUUCUGUUUGGUCGUUACCGGGGAAUGCCGUAGGCUUGGACACCGAGUACGGAGAUGGACGGAAACCGUGGAGACGGCAAAGCAUGGACCAGAGACCGCAAAGCAUGGCCCUUCCUUGACAAAGAAACCUCCAGAUGUGACCAAGAACCGCAAGCUGAAGACAGAGCAGCUUCUGAAAGUAGAUGAUCAUGAUUUCACCAUGAGGCCGGCAUUUGGAGGCCCUGCUAUCCCAGUCGGAGUGGACGUACAGGUGGAAAGCUUGGAUAGCAUCUCAGAAGUAGACAUGGACUUCACCAUGACCCUGUACCUGAGACACUAUUGGAAGGACGAGCGUCUGUCCUUCACCAGCUCCACCAAUAAGAGCAUGACAUUUGACGGGCGUCUUGUCAAGAAGAUUUGGGUGCCCGAUGUGUUCUUCGUCCACUCCAAGAGAUCCUUCAUCCAUGACACCACCACAGUCAACAUCAUGCUCAGGGUCUUUCCCGACGGACACGUUCUGUACAGCCUGAGGGUGACAGUGACAGCAGCCUGUAACAUGGACUUCAGCCGCUUCCCUUUGGACACCCAGUCCUGCUCCCUGGAGCUAGAGAGCUAUGCAUAUACGGAUGAGGACCUGAUGCUGUACUGGAAGAGUGGGGAUGAGUCCUUGAGUACGGAUGACCGUAUCUCCUUGUCUCAGUUCCUCAUCCAGAAGUUCCACACCACAUCUCGGCUGGCCUUCUACAGCAGUACUGGCUGGUACAACCGUCUGUACAUCAACUUCACCCUGCGUAGACACAUCUUCUUCUUCCUGCUUCAGACCUACUUCCCGGCUACCCUCAUGGUUAUGCUGUCCUGGGUGUCCUUCUGGAUCGACCGCAGGGCUGUCCCAGCUCGUGUCUCCCUAGGUAUCACUACAGUGCUCACCAUGUCCACCAUCAUCACUGGCGUCAACGCCUCCAUGCCCAGAGUGUCCUACAUCAAAGCAGUGGACAUCUACCUGUGGGUCAGCUUCGUGUUUGUCUUCCUGUCUGUCCUGGAGUACGCUGCUGUCAACUACCUGUCCACCGCACAGGACCGCAGGGAACGCAAGAUGAGAGACGAGAUGAGGGAAAGGGCCAGGUCACAGUCGCUACCCUGCACCUGUGGCAUGUCCCAGACCAGGACCAUGCUAUUAGACGGGACCUACAGCGAGGCGGACACUAACAGCCUGGCCGGCUACACCUCAGGAACUAUGGGGCCCGAGGAGGACAUGGAUAUGCCCCGCGACAUGAUGACUGAGAAGCAGCCUCCUGGAGAACACACAGUGGUCCACCUGUCUGCCAGCAGCGAGUCAACGACAACCAAGAAGAAAGGCAUCAGGGCCCUCAAUAUUAUCCAGAAUACACAUACCAUCGACAAGUACUCCAGGAUGUUAUUCCCUGGCUCCUAUAUCCUAUUCAACAUAAUCUACUGGUGUUCAUACUGUUUAGGAGCGUAGGGUCUAAUGUUUAGGAGCGUAGGGUCUAAUGUUUAGGAGCGUAGGGUCUACUGUUUAGGAGCGUAGGGUCUAAUGUUUAGGAGCGUAGGGUCUAAUGUUUAGGAGCGUAGGGUCUAAUGUUUAGGAGCGUAGGGUCUAAUGUUUAGGAGCGUAAGGUCUAAUGUUUAGGAGCGUAGGGUCUAAUGUUUAGGAGCGUAGGGUCUAAUGUUUAGGAGCGUAGGGUCUACUGUUUAGGAGCGUAGGGUCUAAUGUUUAGGAGCGUAGGGUCUAAUGUUUAGGAGCGUAGGGUCUAAUGUUUAGGAGCGUAGGGUCUAAUGUUUAGGAGCGUAGGGUCUAAUGUUUAGGAGCGUAGGGUCUACUGUUUAGGAGCGUAGGGUCUACUGUUUAGGAGCGUAGGGUCUACUGUUUAGGAGCGUAGGGUGUAAUGUUUAGGAGCGUAGGGUCUAAUGUUUAGGAGCGUAGGGUCUAAUGUUUAGGAGCGUAGGGUCUAAUGUUUAGGAGCGUAGGGUCUAAUGUUUAGGAGCGUAGGGUCUACUGUUUAGGAGCGUAGGGUCUAAUGUUUAGGAGCGUAGGGUCUAAUGUUUAGGAGCGUAGGGUCUAAUGUUUAGGAGCGUAGGGUCUAAUGUUUAGGAGCGUAGGGUCUAAUGUUUAGGAGCGUAGGGUCUAAUGUUUAGGAGCGUAGGGUCUACUGUUUAGGAGCGUAGGGUCUAAUGUUUAGGAGCGUAGGGUCUAAUGUUUAGGAGCGUAAGGUCUAAUGUUUAGGAGCGUAGGGUCUAAUGUUUAGGAGCGUAGGGUCUAAUGUUUAGGAGCGUAGGGUCUAAUGUUUAGGAGCGUAGGGUCUAAUGUUUAGGAGCGUAGGGUCUAAUGUUUAGGAGCGUAGGGUCUAAUGUUUAGGAGCGUAAGGUCUAAUGUUUAGGAGCGUAGGGUCUACUGUUUAGGAGCGUAGGGUCUAAUGUUUAGGAGCGUAGGGUCUACUGUUUAGGAGCGUAGGGUCUAAUGUUUAGGAGCGUAGGGUCUACUGUUUAGGAGCGUAGGGUCUAAUGUUUAGGAGCGUAGGGUCUAAUGUUUAGGAGCGUAGGGUCUAAUGUUUAGGAGCGUAGGGUCUACUGUUUAGGAGCGUAGGGUCUAAUGUUUAGGAGCGUAGGGUCUAAUGUUUAGGAGCGUAGGGUCUAAUGUUUAGGAGCGUAGGAUCUACUGUUUAGGAGCGUAGGGUCUAAUGUUUAGGAGCGUAGGGUCUAAUGUUUAGGAGCGUAGGGUCUAAUGUUUAUGAGCGUAGGGUCUAAUGUUUAGGAGCGUAGGGUCUACUGUUUAGGAGCGUAGGGUCUAAUGUUUAGGAGCGUAGGGUCUAAUGUUUAGGAGCGUAGGGUCUACUGUUUAGGAGCGUAGGGUCUAAUGUUUAGGAGCGUAGGGUCUAAUGUUUAGGAGCGUAGGGUCUAAUGUUUAGGAGCGUAGGGUCUAAUGUUUAGGAGCGUAGGGUCUAAUGUUUAGGAGCGUAGGGUCUAAUGUUUAGGUGCGUAAGGUCUAAUGUUUAGGAGUGUAGGGUCUACUGUUUAGGUGCAGUAUUGGCCCUGGUCAAUAGUAGUGCACUAUCUAGGAAAUAGGGUGCCAUUUGGGAUGCAUCCUAUGUUCAUCAUAUGAAUGUGUUUAACACACUCAUCAAGGACAAGAGAGACUGCAGUUGGUGUUUACAUGGACAUUUGGUACUAAUGGCUAAUAUUUUGGAUGGACUUUUGACUGGGGCACUGGCCUAUAUGAGACUGAUCUAUACUGAAAAAAUAUAUGAAUGCAACAUGCAACAAUUUCAACAAUUUUCAA